GUUGAAUUUGGUUUUGGUGGCAAGGUACAAAACGAUAUUCUUCAUCUUUCAAUGGACUAUUUGGAUGAAAAGUUGUGCCUAAGCAGAUCUUGCCUUAUCGCGAUGACGAUAAUGAUGGGAUGCGAUUGUGCUCAAAAAGGAAUCCCGGGCGUUGGCUUGGUUACGGCACUGGAAAUUGUAUCCGAGUUCUAUCUCAUGGAACAUGACCAUCCUCAGGUCAUUUUGGAUAGAUUCAAGUCGUACACCACGGAAUCGCUUCCAGUGCGCGAUUAUGACAGUAACGUGAAGCGGAAACUUAGAAUUAGCGUCAGUAGAAAUUCCAUAGAUUUGCGGAAUUUCAACCCAAAUUCAGAUGCUAUGUCGAGUGCCAUCAACGUGUACAUGAUGCCGGAGAAAUCAUCUACCGAUGAUCAGCAAGACACACUCCAGUGA